AUGAAGGGCAUUGAAACACUCACCAAAUCGCCCGACUACUAUCUAGACUUUAUGACGUCAUCGCCGUCGCUUGGUUCUGAUCCGGAACAGUACGCAAACAUUCAAGUCAUGAAGGACAUUAUCCGCCAAGCCUGCUACAUCUAUCGCAACCGUGCGUCACACGAAGCAACCCGCGAAUCAUCCAUCGAGGCAGUCGAAAGGCUUCGCCAGACUGUCACUCACUUGGACCCCAACGUGGAAGGCCGCCACGCCCUUGUUUGGGCAUUUUUUGUGGCGUCUGCUGAGAGUAUUCUGCCGGAACACCGCGACUUCUUUUACAAUCGCUUAAGGGGCCUGUUUGAGUGUACGAGAUUCGGUAGCAUUCCGCUUGCCCUGCAAACACUGGACUACAUCUGGUCGAAGCAAGAUUCGACAAAUUGGAUAGAUAUUGUGACGCAUGAGCGGCCAAUAUUGAUCAUGUGA